CGCCGCCUGGCAAUAGUGGCAGAUGUAAACACGACCGUCUGCCAAAUUGAAAGGAAUUUUUUUAAGUAGAAAUUGAGAGUAGAAAAAGUAGACUUAUGAUGGCAGAUCCACAGCCUCUGACAGGACGGCGUGUUGGAAGCUUUGCCUACCUGACCAUAAAGGACCGUCUGCCAGUCAUCCUCACCAAAGUCAUUGAUUUUCUCUGCCGUGAGAAAGUGUCCAUAGGAAAGCAGUAUGGAGAGGCAGCUCAGGAAGGGUGCAAGGAGGUUAUUGGGAGACUCUCACAACUCAAGAAUGAGAUGCAGACCAACAAGCCGUUCAGGAUACUGCAGGCGGAUCCCUCAGCAUCUCCCCAUGAUGAUUCCGAUGAAUACAACCGAGAGCUGGAGAAGUUUACCAUUGAGAAUGAGGAGCAACCCAAGUGGUUUACUGCACCCUGGCUCUACGCAGAGUGCUACAUGUAUGCCAGAAUUCAUGAGGCCUUUUAUUUGUGUGAUCCGCUGAGGGGAUUCGACCCGUUCCUAGUGCAGAAGCAGAAGGCUCUCGUUGACUCUAAGGGGGCUGUGGACUCCCUGAGUAAGCGAGUCAUGACAGCGUGCAACUCCGCCAGUAAUUUUACACAACAGUUACUUAAGCAGCAUGUCAUUCAGCUAUUGGAGGUCUGUCUAUGGGGUAACAGGUGCGACCUUAGUAUAUCUGGUGGUGCGGACAGAGCGCAAGAGUCUGACAUCUUCAGUUCACUAGACAAAUUGCGACCGCAGAUCCUCGACAACAAUGCUGACUUGCUGUGGCAGCUCUUAGUGUCACUUCCUGAGGACCAGAGAGAUCUAGUGUUAGUGUUAGACAAUGCAGGGUUUGAGCUGGUGAGUGACCUUUGCUUCCUGACAUUCCUGAUGGAGUCGGCGCUGGCUACGUCCGUCACCAUACACACCAAGACACGGCCGUGGUUUGUGUCGGACACCUUGCAUUCGGACCUGAUGUGGACCAUCGAGAAACUUAGAGAGUUUGGAGACUCCAAUGCCGAGAUAGCCAACAAGUGGGCGAAUUACCUGUCCACUGGCCAGUGGAAAAUUAGUGAGAACAAGUUCUGGACGCAACAUCACGACUUUGCCUCCAUGAAUGAGCUUGAUCCACGGCUCUAUUCGGAGCUCUGCAAAGCGUCCUUAAUUAUAUUUAAGGGGGAUCUCAAUUAUCGCAAGCUCACAGGGGACCUGGACUGGUCAAUGAACUCGAGCUUCCAGCGUAGCCUCCGGGGUUUCUCCCCAGCCCCGAUCCUGGUCCUGAGAACAGCCAAGGGAGGGCCUGUGGUAGGCCUUGCCCCAGGGGUGGCAGAGAGAACAGCUGCAGUUGCGAGCGACUGGAACAUCAGCGGGGAUUAUGGCUUGAUCCAGCUGUGCACCGGCUCUUGAUCUGCUCACAAGACUAACUGCUGCUUUCCUUCACUGUCCCUCUUGUCCAUGUGACGUGUACCUCCUUUAGCUCUUUCUGUUUCUUUUCUUUCUCUUCCUUCUUCCUCUUCUUUUUUCUUCUUCUUCUUCUUCUACUUCUUCUUUUUACAUAAAUUUUGGACAUAAAAUUUUGGACAAUGGUGAGACUUGUAGAGAGUAAGAGAUAAAAGAGAGACGAGAUGUUGAGGUCCUUAGUUGUGUCAGAGCUAUUUCUUUUGUUUCUGUUUUAUAUUC